UCUGUCUCUGUCUCUGUCUCUCUCUCUCUCUCUCUCUCACAGUUUCUAAAGGUCACGUCUUGAAGAGCAGGUUUUGUGCGAUCUUUCUUCUUGUGGGUGGCUGCGAUUUCUUUCUUUCUUUCUUACUUUCUUACUUUUCUCUGUUUUUUCGUAUUCUACUCUCUCUCUCUCUCUACAAGCUCUCUGUCUCUAUCUCUCUCUACACUUGCUUUUUGUGAAUUUCUCUCUUAACCCAUUUCUUGUGUUUUGUGCUAACGUUCAUUAAGGUUAGCCUUUUUGUGCGAAGCUGUAAACUCUGCGGCUCUGUUUUUGGUUGGCAUUCUGUGCGGCAAGACUACCUUAGUUUGUGCAAAUUCUGGUUGGUUUUUGCUUUCAGUUCGAUUGUAAUUAAGCUUGAUCUGAUAAGGAAUCACUGGUUGAAGUGAUUUGGUUUCAUUUUGAUCAAAAUUGUGGGAUUAUAGUCGAUGGCUUUGUAAAGAUUGAAAGGGGUUUGUUUUGGAGAUUUGUUAUUGCAUGUUAGACAUGGGAAAAAAGUGGUAUCUCCAAUAGAUCUUACUACAUGCCCUUUUUCGCUUUUGAGUCAUUUUUCUGAUUAAAAGAUUGGUAAAAAGGUGGUGGGCAAUUUUUCGUGCUUCAACCCCGAAACAGUUACAAAAAGUAACUUUUGCGAAUGGUUGGUUGAAAGCUUUGAGAAUUCGAUUCCGAUUUUGAUUCUUGCUGAAUUCUGUUUUCUGGAUUUGGGUGCACACCGGGGAGCUUUUUAAUGGUGAAUUUGCGGAUUGGCAUGAUAAUUAGGCUGUGAGUUCUGAAGGGUCUGUGCCAAGCCGCCGGUAGAUUGUGAUUCGAGAGAAAAAAGGGCGAAUCGGCGUGUUAAUCUGAUCAUUUGGCUGUGAAUUCUUCGAUUUGCUGAAGAAUUUUGAUUUAAGAGGUUAAAAGGUGAAUCAGCGGAUUUAUCUUCAGUUGAGGCUGUGAAAUUGGAGAGGUUUGUGGGAUUUCACCAAAGGGGUUUCUGACGGAUCCAUCAAUUGAGAAUAGGGGGUGCGAUUGUUUGGCUCCUCUGGAGUGCAUAUUAAGCAUAGUCAGGGCCCUCAGAAUGGGGUCCUGCUUGUCUGCAGAAAGCAGGAGCCCUAUCCCCGGUUCGCCGCUGUCCCCGGCGGUGGGGUUCAGGAAGCGAAAGAAUUCGAAGAAAAGGCUUGGCUCACGGAAUUCUUCCUUCGAGUUUCGGAGGGAUGAACCGCUACAUCGAAUUCCGGGGAGGAUGUUCUUGAAUGGGUCUAGUGAAGCGGCGUCUUUGUUUACCCAACAAGGCAAGAAAGGGACCAACCAGGAUGCCAUGCUUGUUUGGGAGAAUUUUGGUUCUAGAACAGACACAAUUUUCUGUGGUGUUUUUGAUGGCCAUGGUCCCUAUGGUCACAUGGUUGCAAAGAGAGUGAGAGAUUCACUACCUCUGAGACUGAGUGCCCACUGGGAAGUAAACAUAACCAGUGAGGAUGUUCUCAAAGAGAUCAGCCUUAAUACAGCUGGAAGCAUGAACUCUGAAGAUACUCCCUUCAUAUCUGCGGAUGAAGAAUCCAGGGCUUCCAUUGAUCAUGAGGAAGCAGAUAAGCAUCCUGAGAUCUUUCAGAUUCUCAAGGAGUCAUUUCUGAAGGCUUUUAGAGUCAUGGACAGGGAACUGAGAUUGCAUCCUGGUAUUGAUUGCUUCUGUAGUGGGACAACAGCAGUAACUCUGGUUAAGCAGGGUCGGGAUCUUGUCAUUGGAAAUGUUGGGGACUCCAGAGCAGUAUUGGGUACGAGAGACAAAGAUGAUUCUCUAACUUCAGUUCAGUUGACUGUGGAUCUCAAACCAAAUCUUCCAGCGGAAGCUGAGAGAAUCCGGAAGUGUAAAGGGCGUGUUUUUGCUCUUCAUGAUGAACCUGAGGUUGCUCGAGUCUGGCUGCCAAACAACGACUCCCCUGGCCUUGCCAUGGCACGUGCUUUUGGAGAUUUCUGCCUAAAGGAUUUUGGUCUGAUCUCUGUACCUGACAUAUCCUAUUGGCGCCUCACGGAGAAGGAUGAAUUUAUUGUCUUGGCUACAGAUGGGGUUUGGGAUGUGCUAUCAAACAAAGAGGUGGUAGACAUUAUAGCAUCAGCCCCAGCACGUUCCUCUGCGGCUCGGUUCCUGGUUGAGUCAGCAGUUCGAGCUUGGAGAUACAAAUAUCCAACAUCCAAAAUCGAUGAUUGUGCUGUAGUUUGCCUCUUUCUUGACACGAACAGCUCGUAUACCGCUUCGAAUGCCACGAUAAAAGAGCAGCUUACUUCUGUGGAGCAGGUUGCGACGUGCAGUGAGAAAGAAGAUCUCUCUGGACCAACCGGUUUGGACCGUUCAGGAACUGUCCGAACGGGUAAUGCUCUGCAAGAAGGAAGCAAUGGAGUUGCCUCAGAGGAGGAGGAAAUGCAUACCGACGUGGGAAAAGACUGGUCUGCCCUAGAAGGGGUUUCCCGUGUGAACACAUUGUUGAAUCUGCCUAGGUUUGUGCCAGGAAAGGAAGAGAAGAAGGCACGGAAAGGAUGAAAGGCUGUUACCCUUGUUUUGGAAAUACAUAAUUAAUUUUAUUCUAUUUUUCUUUUUCCUUGUUUCUGUUUAGUUUUUAAAUUUCUACAGAAAAGGAAAAAGAUGUGCUGGGCCAUCAAUGUUAAAUUUGAACUGGAGAGGUGGCCCUGCUAUAUUAGCGCUUCUGGGGAAAAUUGCUUCUCUCUGUAGUGGGUGGAAUUGGAAUUUUUGUAAAAUCCAGCUCUCCCAUCAAUUUUCAUUAUUUUAUUUUCUGAAAUUUGAUGUGUGAUUUGUUGGUAAUUGUAAUGUGGAUAAUAAUUUUGUGAUAAUAAAGCAUCCUCUUUCUAAGUGCAA